AUGUGGUGCCGAUUUAUUCUGACUGCAGUUGCAAUAUCAUGUACGUUCACACGUGAAAUAAUCGUACACGGCCACGGUCAGGGCCCACAGCGUUUAGUCCAGAUAAAAGAUGUAAUAUGCAUGUUACUGUUGAGUGGAUUACAAAAGGAAGACUUGGAUGCUGGCACGUUGCAGAAGCUCAGGCGGCACAAUGUAAACAUCGAAGAUAUGAACAAUGAAAAGCUGAGACAAGAAUGUUUAUUAGAGUCUUAUUCACUCAAAGGAAAUAACGUUGAAAACAACACUACAAAUGUACAAGCACAAACAACUGAGGCAUUUACAAUAACUUCUAAACGUUCUGAAAAAGAUGACAAUUUCGAUGAACUUCCUAGAAUGAGGGCGCGAAUAGCAGAUGAAACUGUUCUAUAUAACGAUCAUAACAUGAAUAAAACUAAAGCUAUUCUUGAUCCACAUGACAAUGUGACUACAAAAAUGUUACCAAUAAGCAUAGGACCUCCAAUCAUAGUAUUUCAUAACUUAGCAAAUGCAAAAAAAGAUGAUGAAAAUAAAGAUUUGCAAAACCAACCAGAUAUAGAGAGCAUAAUGAACUUUUGGAGUAAACUGACGCAACAUACUAAAACACUAGUGACUAGACAACCGACGACAACGAAAUCUAUGCCUACCAUUAGCAGAGAAAGAAAUGUUACAACCACAGUACACAUUGUAUCACCUCAAGGACAAGUUGACAGUAGAAACAUGGCACUCAUCAGUAGCUUGUUAGCGCAUUAUUACUUGGCAACUCGGCCUACACCCAAUACAACUCCACAAACGACUACGGAAGAAUACAAGAAUUAUAUGCCCAAAAAGCACGCAGAAAAACCAAAUCAAUAUGGAAUAAUCGAUGAACAAUUUCGAUUAAAUCCCACAAGAAAUGAUGAUGACAAUAAUCAAGUUACUCAAGGUGAUCUGCAAGCCAAUAAAGAUGUAGUAAGCUCUAUAUCAGAAGAAACAAAAAGUAUACUAUUCAAACAUAAUAAACCAGAAAGUAAAGAGAUAAAAGAUACGCCAUACAACCUCAUUCUAAAUGAACCGAAGAUUAGAUUCUUGAGUACCUCCAACUACAGCGGUCCUAUAAAGUUUCUGAACGGACUUCUCCAAAAUCACAAUGUGAACAAAAAUGGAGAACCCGUCUCAGAUACUGGAACCGCCGCCAAAAUUAAAAGGAGUAAACCAGAAACAAGUGAAACUUUUGAUCACUACCACCUUGUUCAACAUACGAAUGGUGUUAACAAUACAGCAAAUGAAAUAAAACAUACACAAAAUCUGUUCAAUAUGGAUCGGUCUAAAAGAGGUGGGUCAGCAGAGGUGAAAUCGUGGCAACCAUGGGAAGACAAACAGAAACCACGUAAAAUUUUCACUGAAGAAGACCCGAAUCAAAACUUGCCUUCGAAUAGUAAUCAAUUCAAUGCAGCACUACCCGAAUUCGAUAACGUGAAACGACUAAAUAUAUUGAGAGCGCAUAAGCCUCUUGAUGGAACAGUCAAUAAAUCUGGAAAAACCAAUAAAUUUGAUUCAUUUAGUCAUCGAGUUAAAAUUAGACCUGGUCAUAUGGUGAAAAGAACAAAAUUGAAUAAAACUUUCAAGGGAGAAAAUAAUCGCUUCAAGACUUUGCUACCAUCUAUAAAAAAUGCAAAGAAAAAUCAAUUUGCUAAAAGAAUGAAUAAUCCAAAUUUCAGCCCCGAGGAAUUAAGUAAAUCAGAACAAAAUGAUAAUAAUGUUUUCAUACCUUUGGAAGAUACAAAAGUCAUUGUCGUACAAAAUCACUUACCAAAAACCAACUACAUCCAAUUUAACGAGGAAGCAAAGUCAGUCAGAAAUAUAACACCUCAUCGUAUAGAACUAACCGAUGGCAAUCAAAAUGAAAACAUGACUCCUGUAGUGAAAGUCCCAGAAAUAAUUGAUGAAGACACUGGGAAGGAAAUAAGAUCAAUACCAGAAAGAUACAAAUUCCAACAACACAAGGAACGACGUACGCCAGAAAACGACUUAACACCAACUAAAAGUUUCGGGUCAAAAGUAUUGGAACCUGAAGCUAUACCAGCUAAUGUAUUAAAAGAGAUAGCUGAAAAGGUUAAGCAAAUUGUUUUGAAGGAUAUAGAGACGAAAGUUACUACGUUAAGAUCGCCUUCUGUGCCCAGAGAGGCUCCUAUCGUAAUGUCGACGACCCUAGCCCCUACUAUGGUAACAACGACAACUGUAACUUCCACUACGCCUUCUACAACACUAGCUCCAACUACAGUUACUACGCCUAGCACGACUACUACAAUAAUAACUACAUCAGAAAAACCAUCAACCCUUCAGAAAGAGAUCACCGUAGCGAAUCAAGACAUAAAACAAGUCAUAAUGGACAUAUUCAAAGAGCUGAAAGCAAUGAAGCCAGCUGAAAUGUUCACAAGUCAGAUGCCGCCAAACACUACUGUGAGGGUAGCAGCGACUGUAAGCAGUACGACCAAACCACCAGUCAUAUUACAAACGAAUCAACGGGAAGCCUUCAACCCGUUCACUAUGAAAAGGCCUAACAUCCAAACGAUUAAUGUUAACCCGUAUUUAAAUGGAGCGAUGCCAGUACAUAAUCCAGGUGCACCCUACCAGUUUCCCGUAAAACAAAUAAAUGACAAUCAGCAAGACGCCCUCACCAUACAGACCAAUGAUGACGAAAUAGCACCUCUAGCUAUACAGAUGCCGCAACCACUGAAGGCCAUUAACCAACACAUUGUAGUAACAACUAAGCCCAACCCCAGAAAAGAACAACUAGAGAGGGAAAGUAAAAAACGCAUCGACGAAGGUCUAGGUUUAGAAGACAGAAAUCAAAGAGACAAAGUUCUAACGGAAUUUUUGAAAAAGGAACGAUUUGGAGUCUUGCCUCUCAAGAGGCAAGACUUCCGUGACUUCUCCUAUAAAAGUAGAAUUAUUAAGGAUAAGGAGAAACAGUGGCAUAACCGUGAGUACAAUGAAAAGUUGCGCCAUUUCGAAAAUCACGCAAUGAGUCCUAGGCACCGAGAUGCCAUACUCUAUCAGGGAGGUAUCAGUAACUUGGAGAAUUUAGAUCGCCAAAGAGGUCUGAGUAACUCAGCAAGUUUGAGCUAUACCGGGAGUAUAAAUCGACCAGGUUUAACCCACUACCAUAAAAUGCCUAGAAUAAAACCGGGAACAUUCAGUCAUUCAGAUUACGAUCGCGAACCGCGGUAUGACACACGCGGUACAAAAUUCCACAAAAAACUGGAGAAAAUUGAGAACUGGCCGCGACACUCUUGGAAGGAAUUUAACACAUUGCCGACAGACACAAGUAAUGAUGAAAUAUCUAAGAGACAACAGAUGCCUAUGGUGAAACCACGCAUCCCUAUGGUGAAGCCACGAAACAGAUACGACGACACGCACUUUAGCAACUUUCUGAAAUCGCAACAGAAGGUGACCGAUAUGUUGGAAAAGAUACUGGCUAACAAGAUGAAGAGUAGUGACCCAAACAGUGUUGAGGUAUAUUAAGUGUCAAAUGUUGUAGGAAUAAAUAUCUAAUUUGUCAGUUUUA